AACUUCCUUUUCAUUGAUUGAAAAAUUUUAAAAGUUGAACCUUCAACUAAGCAAUAGAACAGAGUUGGACUACAUACAUAGAGCACCACUGACUCCAUCUGCACCAACAGGGAAGUGAUGAACUGUCCAGUCGGUAAAAUUAAUGCCAAUAUGGGUGCUGAUGAUGACAUCAGUCAACACUCAACAGGAACUGUGAAGACUGAGCCUCUUUUUGAGCACAAUUCAACAAUACCUAAGCGAGAAAAACUUGAAGUAUCAGAAGUUGAAGAAAGGGAUCUUUUUUCUACAGACGAUCUGAAGGGGUAUGACGCCUACAACAACAUAGCAGUGGAGGAGGAACCUCCCAGGCAAGAUGCACCUCUUGUUCCAGAUUUUCAGCAGCCAAUGCCUCAUGGUGGAGGUGAACAUCAAGAAACUGGCCCGUCUCUCCUGAACAAAAAUGCAGAAUCUAAAGGACCUGCCUUGCGUUCGAGACUCAGGCCUCGAGCAGUUGUGAUGACAGCGGCAGGCAACUCAGGCGACAGAGGCACAACUACAUCGAGUACCAGACGAACUCGAAGCCAACGAAACAGUGCCAGGCGAAUCCAGACGCAGCGAGCAACAGGUGAAUCAUCCGACUCUUUCAUGCAUUUGAGGCUGAGGACUCGCAAGAGCAACAGUUCAACCGAACUGCUUGAAAAUUCAUUAAAAACACUUGAAAAGAAGCAAUAUGUGUGCGCUAAAUGCAAGCAUGCUUACUGUGGAAAAAAGCCACUGAAGAGACACGAGAGAGUUCAAUAUGUGUGCUCUAAAUGCAAGAAUACUUUCUGUGGAAAAAUGGCACUGAAUAGACACGAGAAAAUUAUUCAUUUGAAACUAAAAACAUAUAAAUGCUCGACAUGUAACCGAGUUUAUACACGUAAAGAUCAUUUGACAAGGCAUGUAUCGUUUGGCCAAUGCCACUCAUUUGAAGCCGCGGUCCAACUGAAGUCUUUCUCCAGAAAAUAAUUAGUUUGUAGAGAGCAAUGGAACGCUAGGACCAGGUUUUCAAUGGAGUGUUUGAGACGCAUUCACCAUUAAGACGUUAGCAUAAUAACAGUAAACCAAGCCAUUGCCAGUAGCUUUCUUUAUUGUCUUGAUGUUAGCUCCCAACUUCGUCAGGUGUGUUUCGAAAAUUGAAUUCUUGAUUUAUGGGCUUUCCAUACACAAUCAUUCUUAUUGCCAUCUUUAAUUAAACCACAGCCCAAUGCAUAUAAUUUUUUUCAACUAUUGCUCCAUUCUCUGUGUGUGUCUCAGGAUAAAGGAUUGAAUAGUUACCCACUCAUAUAUGCAACUUUGUGUUCCACUAAUUAUUAAUUUUAAUAAGCGGAAAGAGGCAGAUGUCUCGCAUCACUUAUCAACUGAGGCUGACAUUCGCAUAGCAUAACCAUGUGUACUGUCGAAUUUCUAAGUUCAAACAGCAUGGAUUGUUUAAUGUGAAAUAUAACAUUUACAUGAGAUUUCAGUGAAUAUUUGGCUCAAAAUAAAGUUGUGCUAAAUUCGGCUGUGCUUGCCAGAGGAAAUCGUGCACACUUGUUUGUUUUUGGAGCUAUAGUUACCCAAGCUGUACAGCCUAGAAUGUAAAGGAUGUGACGAUUAUUUCUUUUCCCAAUUAUUUUUGAAUUUUGUAUUUCUACAUUUAAGAGGAUGAGGUUUUAAGUUUUUAUUGUGUAUUUGAAAUUUGCGAAUGGAUUUAUUUGGAUAUUCGAGAAAAACCUUGAAUAUUUUAUUGUGCAUUAGUAUUAUUUUUAAUUAUAAAAUCAGAUUUUUACACUAAAAGGGAUUGCUCAAAGCACAAUAGGUAUAUAGUAGCUAACCAGCCAUGUGUAAUGAUCGCGUCAGACGUUUCGGCGACUCUUUAUCAAAGGAAAUUUUUAAUGUGAAUGGCCAACCCAAUGAUCAAACGCUACAUCCCCAUAAAAAGCUCAUUUUUUUAAUUCCUUAGCAAUAGAAAGUUAAUUUGCGUCUCAUUACAGUCUCAUUACACAUACGACACACACAAAAUAUUAAAGGAACAUUUACGUAUCCUUUGUUUGCUGAAUUAUGAGGUCAAAUUGCAGUGAAAUGUGCCGGAGACUUUACCGUGCUGCAGGAUCUGUACACAAGUUCAUUAAUGAGAGAUACUCUUCAUUUCGGAACAGUUUAAGUUUAUUUUUAGGAUAUUAUAAUGUUGACUGUUAACCUAUCCCCCAGCAUAAUAUCUGAUGGAUGAAAUGUAGCAAUUAUGUUAUUUUUCUAGAUAAUUGUUGUUCAGGUCGCUCACCGCUGAUUGGGAAACCUCUGCCCUAUAUCAGACGCUUAAUAUUUCAAUAGCAUUGUGGUGUAAAUUUAUUGAAAAUACAGGGGUAAUAAACAGUUAACUUUUGCAACAUUUUUUGAUUUUUUGCUUAACGUGAGGAUAAAUUGUGAAGGCUUAUUCAUGGAUUUUCUCUUUGUUACAUUCAUUAAAGUUGUCCAAGUAUUCAUUUGCUGUCGUUGCUCCUAUUGUCAAUAAAAGUUUAUUAAUCGAA